ACUUGUAAUCUAAGCUACAAACUGAGAACUGAGAUUCUCCCGCGUGCUUAGGGGAAAGUCCCCGGACGCUGCGCAGAGAUGCCGCGCUUGAAACGCAGCCCAUGCGCCCGUCGUCGCGCGACACUGCCGAGACGUCAUUGCGACCGAGCAGCGCGCCACGGGCCAUGUUUGUCCUCGCGAUAGACAUGCAGGUGUUGUACUUGUGCACUCCAACUUAACGGGGCUCAAUCUCAGGAUGCGCACUUUUUUUUGGUCGAACGCACUCAAGAACUGAAGACAGCGAAAAGCUUCUCAGUGUGUUUCCACGGAAUACCACGCCACGAUGCAAUUACCGAGAUGCUUAGCCGUGACGAGCAGCAGUUGGCUUAUGAUCACACCUAUUUCUUUACGCGAGGCGGACCGCCUAAGGACUCUAAGCACGCCCAAAGCGUCCCAGUGUUCUCCGCCCAUUCGCUAGCCGUGUCAUCCCCGCAGGCUGCCGGAAAAAGGCAAAACGCGGCAUUUUAUGGGUUGAUCUUGCGCACGCGCAUAUGCGCGAGUUUUGUUUGAGGGAGUUCUCGUAGCCAGAGAGGACUGGACUGAAUUUGCCCGGAAAGAGUAGGCUAACCUACAAACAGCUUGCGAGUCCGCCUUGCAAAUGCGCAUUUCGCGGCGCCGCGUUUAACGCUGCAUCACGUUUCUAAAUAUCGUGUACGGCUUCUUGAUGCACUACGAUUACGAUGUUAGGGCAUUAUCCGAACGUGGAAAAAUCGCAGCUCGUCAGCUACGUGGAGGAUUAUCUGGAGUGUGUUGAAUCGCUUCCGCUGGACAUUCAGAGGAAUGUUUCGUUGUUACGGGAAAUCGACACAAAGUAUCAAGAGAUCUUAAAGGAGGUGGACGAUGUAUACGAGAGGUACAAAAAAGAGACGGACAGCUCGCUGAGGAAGCGUCUCCAGAUGCAGCUUCAGCGUGCUCUGAUUAGCAGUCAGGAGCUGGGUGACGAGAAGAUCCACGUGGUCACGCAGAUGAUGGAGGUGGUGGAGAACCGAUCGAGGCAAAUGGAGGCCCACUCUCCCAGCUUCCUGGAGCCGAGCGACACCGAACGCCCCUCUGAGAAGGUGCGGCACGAAACGGGUAGCACGGCGGGCAGCUCGGCACCUGAGCGCUCCUCAUCCCGGCGCCCGCGACGGCACCGGAACAGCGAGAGCCGGGACUCGAGCCACGGCGCCAACGGGGCGUUGGAGGACGUGUGCGAGGAGCAGGUCCAGCAGCCUCGUGAGAAGAAGUCGAAGUCGGCUAAGAAGAAGAAACGGUCCAAAGCCAAGCAGGAGCGGGAGGCGUCGCCCGUGGAGUUCACCAUAGACCCCAACGAGCCCACCUACUGCCUGUGCGAGCAGGUGUCUUACGGCGAAAUGAUCGGCUGUGACAAUGAGCAGUGCCCCAUCGAAUGGUUUCACUUCUCCUGUGUCGGACUCACCUACAAGCCCAAGGGCAAGUGGUACUGUCCAAAGUGCAGGGGAGACAAUGAAAAGACCAUGGACAAGAACACAGAGAGGCCCAAGAAGGACAGGAGAUCCAGGUAGUGCCUCUGGCCAGCCGAGGUGUGUUGUGUGUGCAUAGAACAGUAGAAACGUGCACAUUUUAAAAACAUUGGGACUGUGGGACUCACGAAUCUUGUGAGCGUUCACCUCGUUCGCUCCACAGGCGCCGGCAUUUCCACGUUGGUGCCUGUGGGCGUGGCUUCAGGGUCCUUCUCAGGAGCCUUGGGCUUUGUUGCGUUAGGCUUCCAUCCUUGAUUUUCAGAGCUUGUGUUUCCCCCACUGAGUUGUGAUUAGAACCCCCUGCAGCUCAUCGCAGCACGUAGACGGGUCUGGCUGAGGAAAAAAAAACAUGGCAGGAGAGACGUCUCUUAAUGGGGGGGGGGGAUGCAAAAUUUAGCUUGUGGAGCAAAACGAUGUGAAAACUCACAAGAUCUGCUGCGGUGUUUCACCAGGCUGUGUAAGACUUGGCUCUGUGUAGUCCGGAGGACCGGCUUUGAGGAGACGCUCUGUGACAGCGUGUCCCGCUGAGCUGACAGCGUGUCCCCCAGAGAUCUCACCCCAGGUGCUGUUCUCUCUGAUGCAUCACAGUGGACAAUGCCGACGACCUCAUGAGCUCUCGGCAGGCUUUUGGGGGAAAGAAAACACUCCCCUUCAGAUUACUGCCAUGAGUGUUUGUAAAAUGCUGAAAGAGAGAUUUUUCAAACUUUUAUUUUUUCAUUUGAUUGUAUGUUGUUGUGUUGCAAAAGAAGUUGAACAGAAUGCACAGGGUUCAGUGAUCAUUCCACACGCUUUCUCUCCACCCACCUUUUAUUUCGUAUUUCAUUUCACAUGCUGACAAAAGUGUGGAAAAUAGUUUUCCAGAUGUCUUCCAGUGAUGGAACAGUUCACCUUUUUUGUUAGUUUAAUGUGUCUGCUGUACUUUUUUUGUUAGUUUCCUUUUUUUGUUUUUAAGUUUUGUGUAUUUAAAUAAACCUGUGCUAAACUCUC